GUGCAAGGACAGAUGGCAGGGCGUCUCUCCCGGGCCGUGUCGCAUGCACUAUCAGUUUCGCUCGGAUGUUCGUACACGAGUUUUAUCGCGCUCUUCCACGACGUUCGCGUUCGUGAAAGUCGUACCGUAGACACCCUCGUUCUUGUUGCACGUUCUUUCGAUCGUGGAAAUUAAGUCAACGUCGUAAACGCGAACGUUCCGCGAAGGCGAAUCGGUUUUUGGGUUAGGGAAAAUAGUGUCGUCGUCGUCGGGGGCCUUCCGAUGGAUGAAAUUGCUGACAGUUCGAUUUGCAUAACGGAAAUGGUUUAAGAAGAAAAUAGGAGACUGGUCCAGAUAUCUCUUUUGUUCCAUCGGGCCUUUUGUUUUCCAUUUUUUUUUUUCUUCUUUUUUUUCCCCCCCAACGUGCACGAACUGAUCGAACGAUCGAACACGUUCGUUGGUCAAUUAACCAGUAGCAAAGGGAGGAACGUGGUAGCGGGAACACACGAGUGGAGCGUGUAUAUCGAGGAAACCAGAGGACUAUGGGAAAGAAGUAUCGGGGACGAUUUCUAUGCAUGCCUACACAUAAAUUGCGAAUUGCUGUGACAUAAUGGCGACAUCGAGCGAAAAACUGAAAGAAAAUCGGAUGGUAUCGAUUCGUCCGAUACUUUCGCCCCGCGAUUUCGAUUACGCGCCUUUGUCCCGAGAUGCAAUAUAGAAGAAUCGUUUCUGGAUUAUUACGCCGCGGUAGGAGGAGAUUAACGAAGCGCAGGAAGGGAUAAUUCGCGAUUAAUUGGCAAGUGAAAGUCGUGGAAGAGCCGGCGACGCUGUGAGAUCCCAUUGUCGAGGAAACCGUGAGGAUCGCGGUGGGUGCAUCGUCGAUAGCGCGAGGGAUACAUCGAACAACAUCGUGAAUCGACUAUGAGAGAGAAAAACAAAAAAUGAAGGGUGUACUGUUUGCCCUGAGUCUGUUGUUUUCGGCGCAAGGACUCGCCCGGGGUACGUCCGAUCACGGAAUGUACGAGAAUCGUGCGCUGGAGACGCUCGAUCGGGGACCAUACUUCGACGUUACGGCCUCUCGCAACGUCACAGCGUUGGUCGACAAGACGGCCACGCUAAACUGCAGAGUUCGUAAUCUGGGCGAUCGUACGGUGUCCUGGGUGAGACACAGGGAUAUUCAUCUUCUAACCGUCGGCGUCGAAACGUACACCUCUGACCAAAGAUUCGUGGCGUCGCAUUUUCCACGGACGGAGGAUUGGACGCUGCAAGUGAAAUUCCCUCAGCCCCGUGAUUCUGGAAUCUACGAGUGUCAAGUGUCAACGACGCCGCCGAUCGGUCAUUCCAUGCAUCUCUCGGUCGUCGAGCCUGUGACGUCGAUCGUCGGGGAACCAGAGAUGUUUAUAAACAAAGGCAGCACCAUGAACCUAACCUGCGUGGUGCGUCACAGCCCUGAACCACCCACCGCCAUUUACUGGACCCAUGAUCGCGAGGUGAUCAACUACGACAGCCCCCGGGGCGGUGUAUCAGUGAUCACGGAGAAAGGAGAAGUUACAACCUCGUAUCUCCUGGUGCAGCGUGCUCAGGCUGCAGAUAGCGGACAGUAUACCUGCCACCCUAGCAACGCUAAUACAAAGACCGUCUUGGUGCAUGUUCUUAACGGGGAACAUCCAGCAGCCAUGCAACACGGUGGUCAACUAAGGCUGGCGAAUCUACCCUUCGUAAUGAUCUCGACAACCCUGCUGGCUUUCCUCAACCAUCGCUAUUGAACGAACGUUCCGUGGGAUCACGAAUACGUUCAUUCUAGACAUUCUUCGAUUAAAUUGCGUCGUCAGUGGUAGCUGCUUUCCGAAAACCGAUUAGCCGACGGGGAACUGUGUCUCUGCGGCUAACGAGAAGUCACAGCCGUCGUGAAAAAUACGCGUCGCGGGGAAGAAAGACAUCGGUGAGAAAUAGGACGGUAAAGUGAUCCUUGCUGCGUUGUAGUUCGAAGGAGAUAAGAAAAAAAAAGUAUAGAGAGAGAGAGAGAGAGAAAAGGGGGAUCCGCGAUGAACGAAGAAAGAAUAUAAAACGAUGACGGUGGAAUUGGACCAGACUGCGGCACGAUCGAGUGCUGAAUGUAUUAUAAGAAUAGUAGUCUGUUGUAACGAAUAAAAUAAGAGAUAACAUUGUACAGGGUGUUCUACGAUUGAACGAUCAAACGGCGGCAAUAUAUUUUAUGGCUAGAAAUAAGAAUGAAAUGUUGCAUAACCGUAGAUCCAUAACGCAUUCCACGAGACAAUAAGGUCGGAUGUAACCUAGAGCUUCCGACGUGAUUCAAAUUUCAAAAUGUUAUCGUAGUUAUAGAUUACGGAGAGAAACAACCUACAGCGCUUUUUGUUCGUUUAUCAUUAACCGCUUCAUCGUCUCGUGGAACGUACUAUGAUAGCGCUUUAUUAAAUUGUUGUAACGAAAAAGAUUCUUUGAUCCGAGUCAACUUUAUCGCUUCAUUCAACCGAUCCUAUUCCCCACGCGGAUGUUUUCGCUGUAACUUUCUAAUGAAGCAUCGCUGGUCCUACGUUCGCUUCCGUCGUGUUUCUACGCGUGAAACGUAUUGGAGCGGUUCGAUCUUGAUUCUAAGACACCCUAUAUAAAAAAAGCAAUCGAUGGUAAAAAGAAAAAAAUAAUAAUAUAAUAGCUCGUUAAAACGUAUGGUUCGAUACUGGAACAAAGGGGAGAGUAUCAUUUUAUUUGCUGCGUUGAGGUUUUUAAGACAAUACAUUGUGCUUGCCAAAGGAAACGUACGAAUUAUCGUUGAGAAACAAAUAAGAUUUUUAAUCGUUCCGUUAUCGUGGCGUUCACCGUUACGGCAUGUAGGCUAUGUUAAAGUUUAAAGCGGAAGGAGUGGCAGAAAUUCGGUUGGUUGCGUUAGGGAUGAACGCCAGGGGCGUGAAAAUGGUCUUCCACCGCGUAAAUUGAGAGUUCGGAUUAGGGGGAAACCAAAUAAAUCUGGAUUAUCUUCAAAUUCGAUCUGGAUGUCCAGCGAGUCGCGGUUUCUGGAUGGAAAUAAACAAUAUAUUUCGCGCGGGAAACGCAAGUAGACACAGGGCAAGGUUCAGGGCUGGCGUUGGGAUCGGACGAACGUUGAUUUAAGAGGGUAACCCCAUUCUUUCAAAUAUAAGACCCACAAGAAAAUUUGUAUAUACUUUAUUUAACAACCUUUCAACCCUUGCUUGGUAGUUCCAGUGUUAACCACUAUGGCCUAAAGGAGUCGCGUGUCCUUAAGCCGGCCCUGACGUGACGUUGACAUCGAGAAAAAGCACAGCAAUCCGUUCUUUUUCUUCUGUUUAUUUGUUUCGUCUACUAAUACUAAUAUUAGGUUGUCCAGAAAGUUCGUGGCAAUUUCUAAGAAAAAUUCAAAAACACGUUUGAAUUUUAAUAUACAUUUAUUGAAUUACAUAGGUGCCAUUUUGUUCCACAACCUUUUCACAUUUUAAGGGAUGUAGAUUGCCAUGUCACCCAUGUAUGGGUUUCACUCAAGAACUAAAAAGAUUAAUUCUGAAAAGUUGACACCAAAGGAGAUGAAUUUAAAUGAAAUUCAUGAAUUAUGAUGUAGUUAGAAAAAUAAAUACCACGAUAAAUGUUUGAUUACAUAGAUUUCAGUAGUCUAAAUAAUAUUUAAUAUUAGCAGAAAUUUUUAAGAAUAUUCGUUUGGCGGUCAACGUGUUAAGGGAUGUAUACAUGUUAUUUGUUAUCAACCACUUCGAUGUAUUCAGGCCUGUACCACCUACCAAAAAUCGACAUGGACUUUCCGGACAACCCAAUAUGUAUCUAAAUCUAAAACGAAACAACCGUCUCUUCGAGAAAAUUGAAAAAUGUAUACUGGGCUACGUUCAUGCUAGGAUCAUAUGGAAUUAUUUACGAAAGGUAUACUGAACUAUCCCAGCACAGAGUAAACGGCUGACACGAUCCACAAUUUUGGGCAUCCGAGCUCAGGGUAUACUUCCACACCGUGAACGGUGACGUAGAACAAAACGCAAUUUAUAAAGUGUUCAUCGUAUAUUACGCAUUUCGUUGUCGGUGUUCACACACAGCAUCGUAAUAAUAAUGCGAGAAACGAGUUGUUAGAGUUGUACUAACUAUACCUACGUUGUAUAAUACUUGUAAGUCAGAUUACAUUUACCGUGGCUGCUACCGAGCGAAUAAUUUUUUAUCUGUCGACGAGCAGAAACACGAGUCGAGCUCAAAAGAUGCAUUGAGAUACCAAAAUUGGACGCGUGGACCUAAAUUGAAAUCGUUCCAAUCGGACCAGAAUAACGACUGUUGUUAUUUUAUUUAGAUAAGUUUUCAACGAAGCGUCGUCGAAGUCUGGUUUUCCUUGUAACCGCCAUGAGUGAAUAACGAGUGAAUGGGAAAACAAUUGGAGCAAUGGAAAACGGGCGAAUGACGAACCAAGAUUUCAUUAAUCAAAAUAAAGGAAUAAAUUCUAACGGUUACACAUGUUCAUAGAUUAAUUGCGAGUUAGUGUAAGAUCUCGUUAUACCAAAACCUGUGUAAAAUGCUGUUUCUGUUGUAGCUGAAAUUCUUUUAUGUAUUUACUUCCCAAUAUUUCUCCCAUCACCUUUUACCGGAUUGAAAUAAAAAUGGUCAAUCCGUAAACCGGACAGAAUAAUUUAUAAUAUUAAUAAUAAAAUUUUAUCACAUA